GGUUUCACCAUCACCGACCUACUUUCCGGCCAGCAUACUACCAUGUCGUCGCAGAAAACCAUCGUGUUGAAGAGCUCCGACGGAGAAACGUUCGAGGUAGAAGAGGUGGUGGCGUUGGAAUCGCAAACCAUCAAACACAUGAUCGAAGAUGACUGUGCGAACACCACCAUCCCCUUACCUAAUGUCACCAGCAAGAUCAUCUCCAUGGUUAUUGAGUACUGCAAGAAGCAUGUGGAUUCGGCCAAGAACGAGGACAAGAAAACUGCUGAGGAGGAUCUGAAAAACUUUGAUUCUGAGUUUGUCAAAGUGGAUAAAGACACUCUUUUUGAUUUAAUUCUGGCUGCAAACUAUCUCAACAUCAAAAGCUUACUGGAUCUAACCUGUCAAACGGCUGCUGACAUGAUCAAGGGCAAGACUCCUGAAGAGGUUCGCAAGACGUUCAACAUCAAGAAUGACUUCACCCCCGAAGAAGAAGCAGAACUCCGCCGUGAGAAUGCAUGGGCAUUUGAGUAAUUAUCCCAGACCCGAAAUUGUUGAUACUUAAAAGGAUCAAGUUAUAAUGUUAGGAUGCUUUUGUUCUUUCUUAGAAAACCAAACCUUGAACUUAUUAUGUAUAGAGUUUUCCCAAGUGUUUUGGAACUUUCGAACACUUAUAACUUGAAUUAAUGAUAUUAAGUAAUUCUAAAAACACAGAUCAUGUGACAAAGAAUAU